UUAUCUACAUAUUAUGCAUUCAAUUAAAAGUUUGAAUCAAUAUUGUUACGAGUUAAUUCCAUGCGGAAUUAUUGUACUUACUGGAUUUGAUAAUUGAAAAGCCAAAGCUAGAUAUUAGGCAACCUUGGUUAAAAUCAAAAUAAAUAAAUAAAGAUAAGAAAGAGCUAGCUUUGGCCGGCAGUACAGUGUAGAAAAUGAAAAAAAAAAAAGAAAAUGUACAACUAGAUUCGGGAGAGCAGCACGUAACAAUUAACAACGGCAACCGAACUUAAAAUUUGGCGCAUCAAUUGCCUGGGAAUUGAUUUUCGAUCUCAUUCCGAUUCUUCAAUUUUCAGAUCUCGCGCUCUCACCUUCCUUUUUUCAAUUCAUUAAUGGCUUCCCUUUAUUACUUUCUUCUCUUGGUGGUGCUUAUAGCUUCAGCUCCAUUCCAUUUCUGUUUUGCAGAGAGCAUCCGCAAGGAAUUAAGGGAUAAGGAGGUCAAACAUGAAACAAUAAUACAAUUGGGAAGUUCAGUUCAAACCAACAGAAUUAGCCUACUGCAAGUUGUCCAGCUCUCUUGGCGACCAAGGGUGUUCUUGUAUAAAGGUUUUCUGACGGACGAAGAAUGUGAUCGUCUUAUUUCUUUGGCACAUGGUGCGAAAGAGAUAUCAAAAGGAAAGGGUGAUGGUUCAAGGAAUAAUAUUCAGCUUGCAAGCUCAGAAUCUCGUUCACACAUUUAUGAUGAUCUACUUGCAAGAAUCGAGGAAAGAAUUUCAGCCUGGACUUUCAUUCCCAAGGAGAAUAGCAAGCCUCUACAGGUCAUGCAUUAUGGGAUUGAAGAGGCCAGAGAGCAUUUUGAUUAUUUUGAUAACAAGACACUGAUUUCGAAUGUGUCUUUGAUGGCAACUCUAGUUUUAUAUCUCUCAAAUGUUACUCGGGGUGGUGAAAUUCUCUUCCCCAAGUCAGAGCUGAAAGACAAGGUUUGGUCUGAUUGUACGAAGGAUAGCAGCAUUCUAAGACCGGUUAAAGGAAAUGCUGUUCUGAUUUUCAACGCACACCUCAAUGCAUCUGCCGACAGCAGGAGCACCCAUGGCCGAUGUCCUGUCCUUGAGGGGGAAAUGUGGUGUGCGACCAAACAAUUCCUUGUAAGAGCUACUAAUGAGGAAAAAUCCUUGCCUGAUUCAGACGGCAGCGACUGCACUGAUGAGGACGAUAACUGUCCUAAGUGGGCUGCUCUUGGAGAAUGUCAAAGGAAUCCAAUUUUCAUGACGGGUUCUCCUGAUUACUAUGGCACAUGUAGAAAGAGCUGUAAUGCAUGUUAAAGAGCAGACUUGCAUUUAUUUUGUUGACAAGUUCAGAGCAAAAUGAUUUUGCUUUUUUCUCGAAACAGUACAUUGAUCUAUUGUUGAUAGCUGAGAAAUUUUGAGACAGUUAAAAGAAGAUUGCAUUUAAAUUUUAAUCUA